AUGGCCGACACCGAUGGCAACCCGAACAGUACCGCUGACCUUGCAGUGCCCGAUGCUUCCAACGCCUCGAAGCUUUCACUUGCAACACGCGGUAUCCACGCCGACGACCCCACCAACGCGUAUACCGACGUUGCUCCCGCAUUGCACGUCUCGACAACCUAUCGCUAUCCUCGAAACCCCGACGAGCUCGUCACUGAACGUACGUCUGCCCCAAAAAGACGUUCUUCGUGCUCCGUGCUAAUUCCUACCUUGUUCGCAUAGACGACCUCGAUAUCGGCUCCAGAUUCCCAAUCGGUGGUCCAAUCAAGGGCGAUGCACACAUCUACUCCCGCCUUACCGCCCCCAAUGCUUCACGUCUCGAACUCCUCCUCACUUCCGUCCUUGGCGCGCCCGCUCUGACCUAUUCCUCUGGACUCUCAGCCUUUCACGCCCUUCUCGUCCAUCUCCACCCGAAAGUCGUGGCUAUCGGUGCCGGAUAUCAUGGUUGCCAUGGUGUCCUGAAACUCUACCAGAGACUCACCGGCUGCAAGAUUGUUGACCUAUUCGAUGAGAAGAGCUGGGACGAAGCAGAUCUCGGAAAAGGCGAUGUCGUACAUCUGGAAACGCCAGUCAAUCCCACGGGGGUUGCAUACGACAUCCAACACUUUGCGGAUCUAGCACACAAUCGUGGUGCUGUCCUCACGAUCGACGCGACAUUCGCGCCGCCCCCGUUGCAAGAUCCUUGGGCUUUUGGAGCGGAUUAUGUGAUGCAUAGUGGGACCAAGUAUUUUGGUGGACAUUCGGAUAUGCUUUGUGGAGUGAUUGCGGUAGGGACAAAGAGGGAGGGAUGGCAGAAGAGUUAUUAUGAAAUUCUAUCGGAUCGGAUAUAUUUGGGGAGCGUGAUGGGUUCUAUGGAAGGAUGGCUCGGAGUGAGGAGUCUCAGGACCUUCGAGUUGAGGAUAUCAAGACAGAGUGAGAACGCAGGUAAGCUAGUUGCUUGGCUUGCUGGAUGUCUGGAAGGAAAGGGUGAAGAAGCGGAGAUUGUGAAGAAGGUGGUGGAGAAGGUGGAACAUGCUUCGUUACAGAAAGAGGAUAUGGCCUGGCUGAAGAAGCAGAUGCCGAAUGGGUUUGGGCCAGUGUUUGGCGUCAGCGCUAAGAGCAAGGAAAUGGCGAAGAGGCUGCCGAGUAAGCUGCAUCUCUUCCAUCAUGCGACCAGUUUGGGCGGCGUGGAGAGCUUGAUUGAGUGGAGGAGUAUGAGUGAUCCCUCGGUCGAGCGUACGCUUUUGAGGUUAAGCAUUGGAGUUGAGAAUUGCGAGGACUUGAAAGCGGAUCUUGUGCAGGCUUGCAAGGCUCUGAUGGCUGAGGGCACUGCGUGA